AACACCUAGGGUCUUCCGUCGUGACAGCUGCUUCUGCUGAAAGCUCAGCCUGAUUGUCUUUGUCAUACGGUGACUUCAUGAACGAACCCCUCCCUGUCUUGCCAUUCAGUCCGAUGCGGUGUUUCAUAGUGUGAGGUAUGGACUAAAAGAUGCGAAAGCGCCGUGCUACUUCUUUAUUAGGAGGUGGAGGACACCUGAAGCGCAAGGCUGCCAUCACAGCUUUCAGAACAUCCAUGUGAAGAAGAGCGUUUUGCCUCAGCUGUUAGAGCCUGUCAGCAGAUCCCAACACAACAUGAUGAGACCAGUUCAUCCACCAGUAUCUGUAGCGAGUGGAGUGUGAGGUCCAGCAGCCACUAUGCCAUGUGUGUAAAGGACCAGUGGUGGUGUUGUGGCCCCAGGCGGGAUGCUGCUGGAAGCCGGUCAGUAUGACUCUGCUGGACUUGUGGCUGUCACGCUCCAUCCCCAUGUGCCUGCUCCUCCAGAGCCUUGUCCUCAUGGCCCUGUGCUUCCCCUCGGCCAGCAUGUGUCCAAAGGGCUGCAGCUGUCUACGCGACCCCCACCUCCACGGUCUGAAUGUCACCUGCAGUCAGUCCCGCCUCAAAGAGAUUCCCCCCAACCUCCCAGUCGACACUGUCCUCCUGAGGCUGGACCACAAUCAAAUAGGUGCUGUGCCCGACCAAGCCUUCCGUGGACUCCGGCUUUUGAGGGAGCUGAACCUCUCUUAUAAUGCAGUGGAAACUUUAGGGGAAGGUUCCUUUAGUGGCAUCGAGGGGACAUUACAGGUGCUGGACCUUUCCCACAACCGCAUCACUAGCGUUCACAGGGAUGCUUUUGCCCGACUGAAGGCCCGCAUCAUUGUAGAUGACAAUCCCUGGCACUGCGACUGCGCCCUCCAGCAGGCCAUUGGAGGAAUGGCUCACAACCACGAGGCCGCAGCCAGGGUCCUCUGCAGGAGCUCCGAACUACUCGAUCAGGAGGGUCGACCUUUCCUGGCAGUUGACACUGACCUGUGUAACCUGGCAAAAAGGACCACAGACUAUGCCAUGCUGGUCACCAUGUUUGGUUGGUUUGCAAUGGUUAUAUCAUAUGUGGUGUAUUAUGUUCGUCAGAACCAGGAGGACGCCCGGCGUCACCUGGAGUACCUCAAGUCUCUCCCCAGUAAGCCCAAGAAACCUGAUGAUGCUGAUGACAUCAGCACUGUUGUCUGACAGCAGCAUCACAAUGGCUCUCCAUCACAGACUCAAUGAAAUGUUUACGCAUCAGGACCCACAUUUAUAGUGUUUACUACUCCAAACUUCAGUCUCUGUGAGCAUCAGAAGGGUUUGUACUUUGGAACUUUUCUCAUAUAUCUUUACCAGGCUGAGUUUAUGUUCAAAGUGAAAUCAGGCAAGAAAUGAAACAACACCCACACUACAACAUUUUGAAAAAUGUAAUCUCAGGUUGAAAUAUUACCACGGUAAUGGCUUUUUGGUAAUGAUUGGGAAUAUGUGGAAAUAUAUAUAUAUAUAUAUAUAUAUUUAGUUUUAAGACAAGAUAUGAUAUACACCUUUAAUCAAAAGCCCCUAUUUUUCAGUGUCUACCUGCUGAAAAGUGUCAUCGUCUCUGAAACUAUAACAUGGAAGCAGAGCACAUUCAAUUUAUACUGUGUCUAAUUUACAACAAAUGAGACAAAAUAUUUCUUAUCUCUCUCCUCGCCUUUGACUAAGCAGGCCUGUCUCUUAAAUAGACACAUUUUCUUGCCAUGCUUUUUUGAAAAUAACAACUUAGGGUAAUAACAUAGAGUACUAAAUUCCAAUAAAGCUAAUUCCUGCCAGAAAUAAAAGGUGUUUUAUAUUAAACAUAUGUAUGUUGGAAUUUAUGCAGUUCUGAUUGUUGCAGGUCUGUUUUUCAUUGUUAGGUUCGCAUUGACUGGAUGGAGGAUGAAGCUUUUAUGCUAAGCAAUUACAGUGCUUUAAAUUUUUGCCCCUUUACAGAUUUCUUUAGUGUUUACAGUUUUUCUAGCAUAAAUGUCCAGUCUAAGGUCAUUCCACAGCAUCUUUGUUGGACUUAAAUCUAGACAUCUACUAGGUAUGUCCUCGAAACUCUCUCAUGGGUUAAGAUUGGAAAGUCAUUUUUGCCCAUUCUUUUAUUUUUAUUGCUAAAUCAUGAGCCUUAGCUGCGACAGUGUUCAAAUGAUUUUCUGUUUGUUUGUUUUUUGUGACCUCCUGGAUGAGCACUUGCUUAUCUCUUGGGAUAAUUUUUGGCUAGCCAGCUACUUCUGGGAAGUUUCUUCACUGAUCUAUGUCUUCUUCAUUUGUAGAUAAUGGUUCUCACUAUGGUUUUCUGAGGUCCUGGAGCCUUAAAAUGGCUUUGUAACCUUUUCCAGAUCUAUUGAUGUCAAUGACUGUGUUUGUGACUUGUUCUUGAAUUUCUUUAAAUCAGGGCAAUGUCUUACUUCCUGAGAUCUUUUAGCUUCAUGUUGUCAGACAGGUUUGUAUGGAAGUGAAUUCUUUAACUGUUAUCAAAAGUCUUUUGACUGAAUAGUUAAGUGUUUCUAGAAAGCCAAACCAUAAGAAAUCUGUCGGGAGGCAAAUCCAGUUUACAGCACUGUUAAACUGAUGUAGCAUCCCAGUGAUAUUAGUGUUUACUUUGUCUUUAAUAUAUCUAGUCCCAGUUGAACCAGUAAACCCAUUGUAAUUUAAAUCAGAUGAUUUUCCUAAUUAUUUUUACAAAAGUAGAACCAUUCAGACUUCUUGGUGGGUUAUUGGAUUUCUCAUUGGAUGGCAACCACAUGUUUUGGUUUGCUAACUUUAUCGCAGACACAAUCUGUCCAACUUGUCACCCGUGAGUCUAGUCUAUAUCUAAGACUACAACAGUCUUCUUUUUGAAAUAUAUGUAGUGAUACAAUAAGAAAUAAAAGAAAAUUUGUCUUUGUGAUAGUUUUAGUGGUGUGCUGCCAAACACAAGUCUUUGGUGGGAUAGUGAAAUGUUAUUGCACUAUGAAUGUUUCUUUUGUAAUAAACUAAGUUUUCGAUCUGGAGAGAAAUUAGGAUUAAAACAUACCAAUGUUUGGUUUAUUUAGUUAAUAUUUUUAUAUACAAUCCAUAUAAAAACAUUAAGUGACACGUUAAGCACAAUGCCUGAAGGAUUAGACUGAUUGGACAUGCAGACCAGUGAUUGGUACAUAAAGGCUUCUUUUAGCAAAGCACCAGAGGGUCUAAGUAAAGGACAUGUACAUCUAGGUAGAGGAUCAUCUGACAGUCAAAAUAGUAAGUAAAUAAUAUAACAGAGUACUUUCAUGUGAGAUUUGAUUGAAAAGGAAAAAGCAUAAAAAGAAGGGCAGAUAAUUCAGCUUCUUUAAAUUCUUUAAAAUGUAAAAACACAACAGAAAGACGUGAGAAGAAAUAGACAAUUAGCAGUCACGUGGAUUGAAGAUGGAAAUAAAAUCAGUUAAUGAUCAUCCACUGGGUGACUGACGAAGGCCUAGAGAUACCUGUGAAUAACAGUAGAAGAUGCCUAUGUGAAGCCAAGCUAUGAACAAGAUCCCCCCUGCAAAGUCUGUUUUUUAAAGAAAAGACUUUGUGAAGAAGCCAAAGAACACAUUAACUGGCCUGAAGAGACAUGGUGCAACAUGGGAUGGACUGAUGAAGGCAAGAGUCUUAGGGCUCCACUCAGUUCAUCAUAUAACUCCUAAUCCCACAAUACACUGUGAAGCAUAGUGGAUUAGGUAUCAUGCUUUGAACUUGUUCCUUAUUGUGUCUGGCCUAUUUAUCACAUCAAUCAGGUCAAACGCAUAAUAUUACUUGAAGACUAAAUGUAAGGAAGUAAGUAUAAUUUUAUUUACAUAGCAUAUUUCACAGAUAAAUCACAAAGUGAUGUCAUCUCAGUGAGAAGAGGAAAUGUCCUUCUCUGGUUUUAACAAUAUGUUGACGACCCUAAGCUCUAGAAACAAUGCUGACUCUAAGGCAAAACUAAAAAGUCCAGAGAAGUGUGUAGGCUCCAUGUAACACCAAUUUGUUUGGUCACCUUCAAUCUGCUGCUUUAAAAAUGCUCCAGGAUCUGACUGGUGACACAAACUUUGUGGAACAAACCAGAGCUAUGUCCAAAAUAAUAAAUAUGUGAACCAAUCUGGGGGAAUUUCAAACAGAAUGAUGAUGAGUCCCAGUUUAUUUUAAAACACAUCCACUUUUAUAGACUUUCAGACAGCACAUAUUCUGCAUUAUAUUUGGCAUUCCCCAACAUAUGGCUCUAAGUUUAAACACAGUAUUUUUCAUAUGUACAUUCUUUCCAUAUUUGGUAUCCUAUAGCCUGUGACUUCACCUGUCUUUAAGAAGGUUCAGGCACUCAUGCCUGGCCUUUUUGGGUAACUCCUAUCCAAUAAUUAUGGCUUAGAAAUGUUGUCCAAGCCCAUUCUGAGGCAUCAAGAUGUGAUGUAUUAUCAGACACAAUGUUGUUUUCAGAGAACAGUGGUUCCACAGAUAAAUAUUCAUCCAGUGAUUCACAGGAAAAGCUAAAUUUCAAGCAUUUUUACACAGCAAAUGAUUGAGUUUGGAAUUAAAAUUGCCUGGCAGCGCUGUUUUUGGUUCAGCCUAAUGUUCCUUGUUCCUCGUGUUCCCCAAAGGACAGAACAAAUAUGAUCAAUAUUUCUUCAUGUUUUCCUUUGUAGAGUAGAAUGUGCAGUGUUCACAUCUCUCCAUUUGCUGUAAAAUGUUCCCCUCAUCUGCUGUGAUGUAGCACAACAUGAUGCAAAGCUAAAAUGCAGCUGCAAACUGGUUUCUUCUAACCUCGAUCAAGCUCUGUCAGGCGGCCCUGGUCAAACCUCUGGUGCUGGUGUGAGUUUAAAUCUGUGAACUGGUGUGCAUGUUAACCAAAUCAUGUCAGAAUCAGGUCAUUAGUUCCGGGUGUGUAGCUUCCUGGUUAGAGGUUUCUUCAGAUAGUGAGAGUACCAACACAGCUAAUAAUUCAUCAUACAUAGAACAUGGAACCACAACGGUUUCCAUGUUCAGAAUACACUACUGUAACAAUUGUAACAUCUGAGAUGUAUUUGCUUUGUGUAGGAUUACAUAUGUAGCAAUUUAUGAUGAGUUUGUUGUCAAUAGAUUUUGUUGAGAAUUAUUUAGUAUACUUUUAUGGUCACACCAAAAACUAUGUAGUCUUCAGUAAAUCUGAGACCCUUCCAAAUCCCAGCUGAACUGUGUGAUUUGCCCACACACACACACACAAACACACACCAUACACUCAAGAGAGGUGUCUCCGUGUAACAGUGGACUCACACCCCAAAGGAUAGAAUAAGGCUUGUGCCAGCUCCAUUUUACCCUCUGGCCAUCUAACCUGUUGAUAAAGACACAUAGACAUUCAUAUAUUAUUAAAAUCAAUUUUUAUUUGUUUUUAUGUGUUUUAACACUUAAAGUAGUAAUUUUUUGAAGUUGUGAAGACAUAGUCUGAUAAGAUGUUUUUGAUCAAAAAUGAAUAAUAGAUCAAGUGUCACCAAAUUCUAAAUGGAAUUGGCUUUCUGUAGAAUGGCACCCUUCAAAUCAAAAGGAAAUGCUCUUUCACACAUAGCAAGUAGCCAAGUGAAAACCAUCUUGGAGCUUUAAAUUGUUCCUUUCAUAUAAAAAAAAAAAAUACUGACCUUCACACCCAUUUCCUCCUGUGAUUGGUGUGAAUGUCACUAUGGAUGUCUUCCUGCACACUGUCCAGAAAUGUGAACUUUCAUCCACCAAUGAAAGCAGUCGUCCUUUUAAUCCGGUCUUACAGUGACUGGUUAUUUUACCCUCUCAGCCUUUAGUUUGUUUGAUUAUCAGACGACAACUUGCACAAACAACUUCCUCCUGUAAACUGCCCGUGUGUAGGACCACUUAUUUUAGCUUUCUACACAUGUUGCCAGAUGUGUUGGUCAGUUCUGAGUGUUCAACAUGAAACUAACAUACAAGAAUCAUUUUGUUUGAUCAGUGACCAAACAUGGACACAUUUAGUUAACCCAUGUUGGUCCCAUUAAACGGGUUCCAGUACUGAACCCAAUUUUACUCAGCUAUUCCAGCACACACACUGCAGUGAAUAUGGGGUUAGGGUUAGUGACAAAGAUAAAUGUGAAGACCUGAAAACCUUUCUCUUAGAUUCUGUGAUCGCAUUAAAUGGUCUAAAUGUGUUCAUGCCGUUAGGUUAUCUAGAGCAGUGUUUCCCAACCCUGGUCCUCAAGCCACACUGUCCUACAUGUUUUAGAGGUUUCCCUGCUUUAAUGUGCCUGAUCCAACUGACUGCAGUUCAACAAACGCCUGUUAAUCAGUCAUCAAUUGAAAUCAGCUGGAUUAGAGCAAGGAAAUACCUAAAACAUGUAGGGCAGUGAGCCUUGAGGACCAGGGUUGGGAAACACUGAUCUAGAGACAUUGAAAACAGUUUUUUAGAUCUAAAAAUGACUUGGAGAGAUCAGUAACUUUCCAAAAAACAGUAAGACUUUAACCAAUGGGGGAACAGAAGCCUCCAUUUAUAAUUACUGCACACAUUAAAGCUGUCCAUAGAGAGGACACUGAGACAGAGACACCAGCAGCUACAAACCGACAGCUUAGCUGUAUGACCAAAUGUAUAGUUUUCUGAUUGCGGUCUCAAUUGAAUGACUAAACAACACAAAUAACUUCUUUAAGCUAUCUUGGUUUUUCACAAGUCACCAGUGCAUCUCACUAUGAUGUGUACUUAUGUAAAUGAAGCUGGAACUGUUGUUAGCAAAGAAGCCGUGGUUGGGAUCAAACCCAAACCUUUUCAGGAAUUCAAUGUCAACAGUUUGAAGAACCUCAGUAGGCACACUGAUGAUGAAAUGAACGUUGCACAAACUUUGUGGUCAAAAGGUUGUAGCGUGGAAGUAGACACAAGUUCACUUCUGCUCAGUGCAGUCAGAGGGCCCUACAUGGAUCCAAUUAAGACAUCUCAAUGGCUUGAAUAUGUCCUGUUUAGUCCUGGAAGUCAGCGGGUUGGUGCCACUGCUGAACUGCAUUGUCAUGCCAAUACUGGAUAUCUUUAGGAAUCUUUCUGUGGAUCCUUGUGUCAAAUCAAAACAGUCCUUUAUUUUAAGGAAUUGUGCAACAGAAUUAACAACAAAAACAUGAACCACAUUUAAACAAGAAAUAGUGUCUCUACGUGAACACUUAUCCAUCAUAUUUGCAUUGUAUUUACAUGGAGGACAAAAGCAAAAUGUAAAGAUUUUGCUCAGGAGGUUGGUGGAAGAAGGGCAAGUGCAAUUUUACCACCGUGACAUGCUGCGGUCUGUACAAACAUGUUGUAGUGAAAUUCUUACAGUAUCUACAGUCAACUGCCAAACAAAGAUUUUAUUAGAAAUAAGAAAUCAAAUGACGGCAACAAGUUUUAUCAAUGACAGCUGAACAGUUUACCUUAUGACUGAGCACUUUAAAAACAUGUAAAAAUCAUUAGAUGGUUUCUGUUUUCUUUAAGUUGUGAAGUUUGUGUUUGUUCAUGUGGUCUUCAGCCAGCUGUUGUCUCUCAGAGUGAAUUUUUAAACAUAGGUCCUGAGCCGAAGUAAGCACAAGACUAAAUGUCGGUUUCAGUGGACUCUUCCUGUUGGUGUUCUGUGGUUCUUUGGGUCCUUGGGUGUCUCUGCUGUUUUGCUAACUGUAAAUGUUUGCCUUUUCCUUUUUGCUUCUUCUCACUUGCUCCGAAUGUAAAUGAUGAACUUUGCAGACGUGAACAUGGCCACCCCAAUCAUGACUGAUCAUUGCAAAUGAGCCUAUUCAAAGUCACGGUGCCGCUGUAUGCAUCAUUUCACUCUAAUAACACAGAGUGCAGCAAUGUUCCAAGCUGUGUCUCAGGAGAAAAUCGAUUGUGUCUAAUGGCUUCCUGCUCCUCACAGACACAUAGACGACCAUCUAAAAGAGGAAGGAAACAGGGAUCUGUAAAUUCCCAGGAAAUUAGACUUUCAUGUGAUAAAGAUCAUUUUCCAAAUUCCAAUCACUUUAAAUAAGAACCCAAAGAAAUUCAGCUUAUAACUGGUCACUUUUCAGUUUCUGGAUUCAAAACAGAAAAUGCAAGAACUGAACAGAGUGGAUGGUGUGAACCCAGUGGUAGACAGUCUGUUCAGCUAUGGUGGUGAAUUGAGUUCAGUGAAACACAAUGAGAUGUCCAGGUAUAGAUAUUAAAAAUGAUCAAAUGUAAAUACAAAUGUUGGUGUUUUGUGGAAUACUUGAAUCCCUUUAAUUAGUUGUUAUUGAAUGUGCCGUACCCAUAGCCUUGUCAUGUCGGGACAACCUUUUCAUGACUGGAUCAGAGCGAUGUGUAAAAUGUAAAAUGCAUGUGCAGUGUAAUAAAACACGGUAGCCAAGGAGCAGAGUGUAUUUUCUAAGUGCCUGAAUACCUCCCACAUCUGCUUUUUGUUUUCAAACUCAUGUUUUCUUUCUUCCACCUCUGGUUUUUGUCUUAAAACCUCCUUAUUUAGGGUUCUCCCAGUACAGUGGAUUGUUUUGGAGGUUCUACAACAACAGAAUGAACUAUGUUGAUGUAAAGAUCUGUUUAGAAUCAUAUUGUAAAUUACCGCAGCUCUUUGUGCCCAGACAGAGCAGAUGUUAGCACUGGCUAUCAUGGCUGUGUUGUAAAGGCAUGUCAUACCUAGAGUGAAAUAAAGGAGAAAUGCAUUGAU